AUGUCUAAUCCCAACAAACACACCACCAAUCAUCCAAUGUCGCCAUCUCGACGCUUGGCACAUGAGUGGCUUCAACAACAGCUGAACCCAGAUGGCACCUUUGGCGAGCAAUCAGCUCAUUCAGGACCGCAUGUUCCACAGUUGUUCGAUGGAACGGCCCAUCUUUCUCGUAACGUAAAUCGUGAAACCCAUUUGGAUCCUCUACUCACUCAAUCUCAAUCUUUCAACACUUUUCACCACGAACAAUCUUCUCAAUCCGAGUCUCAGGAACAUCUCAUCCCUAGUAGUAGAAGCCAUGCGACUAGCCACCAAAAUCAGGAUUCAGAAGCAAACCCGCUCACCAACACAGAUGCUCGAACAUCCAGGGAAACCCCUGUAAUUGCUCCAGUCCGCAUUGAAUUCACACUUCAUCUUCCAGCUGUCAAUCAAGUUAGCAGAUCUCAUAAACGAAAAGAACCACCCUCCUCCGUCCCAUCAACCGAAAAAGUCAACUCAGAGAUUGAUAAACUCAUCUUGGAUUGGCCGAUUGGAGAUAACGACCUUCGUAGCUUCAAGUCUGCUGUCAUCAAAUUGAUACACGAUGAGGAGAACGGACCACUUGCUGGUUUUGUGGAAACCCAAGAAAGCGAACGAAACAUACGCUGGGAUGUAUCAAUUACCAACGGUGGAACCUUUGCCGCAACUCACAACCAACACCUCGAUUCUGCUGACGUCUUUCAACAUUUCUUGGAUGUUGCUGGAACUGCGCGUGCGAACCAAAAGGUAACAUGUAGAUUGGUACAAAAAGAUCCCAAGGCUAUUGCAAAGAAACAAAAUGCUUACAAGUCGUUGGAGGCAAAUGCUUCAACUAGUAACAGCGAGCCUCCUCGUGUGCCGUCGAAUGGAGCUCUAUCUGCAAUUACUCAUCGGGCGAUACUUGAGGAGAUCUAUGCGGCCCAUGGACCUUGCGAGAGAGUCUCCGGCAGCCCCGAAAAACAGGUCUUUAUCAAUCCUGAAAAUAUAAAUGAAUUCUUUGCCUUGACACUCCCAAGAGUAAAUUUGUGGGCUAAGGCUAUAUACAAUGUUGACCCAGCCUCAGUCACUGCUGCUUCUCCGUCCACUUCGAAUGCUGUUGCUACCUCUAAUUCCGGCAAUACGAAUACGACGGCGUCCCAGCCAAUUGACUGGUCAAUGGUUGGCCAACUUGCAAGUCAAAUGGCCACCCAAAUGGCGGCACAAAUGCAAUCGUCAUCCAAUGCUACACCAAUGAUCCCAUCUGCAACAAACUCAGCUUCAGCCGUCGCAAGUACCUCCCAAAUACCCAUACCAACUGUGACUGAAAUUCACGAACCCUCCCCAGCACCAUCCGAUGGAUCCGAUGGCCUUAGUGAAUUCCUCAAGUUUGCCAAGGUAGAUGUAGAGAACACAUUGUUGAAAGAUGGUCUUGAAAAGCUAGGAAUCACCCACUGGACCAUGUUCCAAUCGUUUACAGCUGAUGAACUUGUGAAUUCAGGAAUUCCUGUUGGCCCAGCUCGAUCAAUCAUCAAAUCUGCCCCUCUAUAUGUCAACUACUUGAAGAAGCAUCAGUCACAAUGA